AAAAUAUUGGUAAACUUGUUCAUAAUUUUUUCCUCGUCCUUUACUUAAACUGGAGGGGCCUUCCAUCAACUGGUCUCUGAAACUAUCUCUAUGGUCUUGUGACUGGGACGGUUGCAAACAACCAGCUGUUCAAAGAGCUGGAAAUUGUCCCCUCUGCAAUAAACAUCUAUGUCGAACUCAUCUGCGGGACGAAUGGCACGAAUGGCACGAAUGUCCCAAGCCAGAGGCACGUAUAUCAUUGCUCCAGAAUAUGCGAAUCAGACCUAAGUAACCCAUUGGGGCGGGUUGGCUAUAUCUUGAUGGAAAAGAUGGAAGGAAAACCUUUGGAUUGGCAAGGGGCAAGCCCGUCGCAGAGAAAAAAAGUCAUGCAGCAAUUAGUCGACAUAUUUCUUGAGAUCGAGAAGCACCCGUUCGAUACGAUGGGGUCAAUAGUCCCAGCUAACGACCCAACAAGGUACGAGAUACAGGGUAUUGCUCACCAUGAAGUGUAUUGUGUAGGAACUACAGGGCCCCUGGGCCCUUUUCACUCUUCGCUAGAGGGAGCCGGCGCCCUUAUCAAAUUGUACCUUGCUAUGAUAGCAAGCGGCGAGAUCGAGGCUACUUAUCCGAUAGAUGUUUUCCUCAUGCAUCGCUUUCGUUCAGAUCUUCUAAACGAUAUCGGGAAAAAUGCUUCAUCAGGGGGACCCUUUUUCUUGAAGCACCCUGACGAUAAGGGCGACCACAUCCUUGUGAACGAAGAUUUCCACAUCGUUGGAAUGAUAGAUUGGGAGUGGUGGCAGACAGUUUCAAAAACCCUGACCUUAUAACCUCCUAUCCAGAGAAACACCAACAUUAGCAAUUAUGUUGAGUUUACUAUUAAAUACCUAUUUUACCGUGAACGACUUUAAGGAGCGUCUUCCUCGGAAGUUGUCACGAAUAGAUGGCAUGUUUCUAUACAGUUAAACGAUUCUACCAGCUCAUACAAUCCCGCUAUGGUAUGUAAGUUAUGUAACAUCCAUGAUUCCACUAUUGCUCCUAAGGAAUACUGUUGCUAAACUGCCGGAACGUAAACGGUAAGUACAGUUUUAUCUUUAACCUACCUAACUACCUAGUAAAGUUGCAACAAUUGCCAGUUUAGUUACAUAUCUCCACAUCCUCUGAUGCACAUCAUUCGUCGCUCUCGCCAGGAACUCCGCCAUUUACAUAGAUGAAUUUCAGUGGAUUCGAC